CAAGCCUGGGGGACAGACUGAGGAUCCCUCCCAGCACCCAUAGGGGAACAUGCAGACUCCGGGGCUUGUGGUAUUUUGGUUGGUGGCUGCGCUCAGUAAUGGUGACGACUCCUGUCCAGAAGUGAAGGUUGUGGGAGUCGGAAGCUCUGACAAACUAACCAUCCUCAGGGGGUGCCCGGGGGCUGCAGGGGUUCCUGGGUAUAAAGGUGAAGCUGGAGCUUCAGGGGAGAAAGGUCAAAGUGGAUCCAAGGGGGAACCUGGGAAGGCUGGCCCACAAGGGCAACAAGGACAGAAAGGAGACAAAGGAGACGGAGGAGCCCCAGAACAAUUUUAUGCUGCCAGGAACUGCAAGGAACUGCUGGAUCAGGGGGCAAUUCUGAGCGGAUGGUACAAGAUUUACCCCGAUGGAGAGAGGCCUCUGACUGUGCUUUGUGACAUGGACACUGAUGGAGGGGGAUGGAUUGUUUUCCAGAGAAGAUGGGAUGGCUCCGUUGACUUCUUCCGAGACUGGGACUCCUACAAGAAAGGGUUUGGGAGUCAGCUGAGUGAAUUCUGGCUUGGGAACGACAACAUUCACACUCUCACAUCGGCAGGCACCUAUAAGCUUCGCAUCGAUUUCACAGACUUCGAGAAUCAGAACAGUUUUGCAGCUUAUGAUUCCUUUGCAACACUGGGAGAGAAGGAUAAUUACAAACUGAUCCUUGGGGCUUAUUCUGGGGGCACUGCAGGAGACUCUCUCAAUCAUCACCGCAACUGUCCCUUCAGUACCAAAGACAGGGAUAACGAUUUCCAUAACAUUAACUGCGCUGACACAUUUAAAGGUGGUUGGUGGUACGGAAGCUGCCAUGACUCCAAUCUGAAUGGACUGUACCUAAGAGGGAAACACUCCAACGAAGCUCUCGGCAUCAACUGGGAAACCGGCAAGGGGAACGGCUACUCUUACAAAGUAACAGAAAUGAAAUUUAGGCCUAAAUAACAUUUAUAUUUACAGGCUGCAUAAGACAUGCAAAGCAGCCUUCCCUUCUGUACCCAACAUUUCACUAUAAUGUAUAUAACAUAAACGGUUAUAAGCAGGUCCAACUCCUGUGUAAAAGACAAGAUUAGUAGAUCCUCGUGAGGCACACAUACUAGGCCUUGGACAUUGGGUAUUGACAUAACAAAGACAUAAAUACAACCAUUACUGACCUUCCAGAACCAGAAGAUGUUCCAGAGAAUGCAGCAGAACUACAUCUCCCUUUCCGUAUGAUGUAGAAUAGAAACCCCAGACGCUGACUGCUAUAUAAGUGCUGUAUUCUUAAAGGAAAAGUAACAUCUAAAUUCCAUUGGCAAAUAAGUUUAUUAAGUUUUUUUAAACUGGCAUUAGAAUCAAACUUGCCAAUACCAUGUUUGUGCUUGGCUACAAUAUAUCAGGACCUUUUUAAUGACGCCCAAUGGACUUUGCAAGUUCACUGGAUCUGAAUGUUUCUAAUUAUUAAACUGAAAGUACAUUGUUCUGGAAUGUUUUCCCGAGUCCUCGAAAGUCAGGCAAAUAUUUUAACAAGUUCUGGCUUUGUUCUUGUGUGAAUUAUUCUCUGUUUGUAACUCUGCUGGAAACCUGACGAUUCCACCGACGUCUGUUAUCGAGCGAGAAAGUAAAUAUUGUUCCUGCAAAGUUGCAUUCCCGCAGGUAACAGUGCUUUCCAAUGAGUGACCCACGUUCCGAGCAAACUGCACAUCGCUGCAAAUCUAUAUAAAUCCGUGCAGAUUGCCAGCUCUCCGAAUUAAAGUGCAUUGAAAUGUG